AUGACUCUAAAAAGCUUACUGAAAACCCUAAAGACAGCCAAACGAACUUACCCAUUUUCAGUCCACAAGCUCCUCAUCGAUUCUUCCUCUAUAAACCAAACUCUCGAUUCACCGAAACAGCCGAUCUCCGAUCUCAAUCCCUCCACCCUUCGCCGUAUUAUAUCCGAUCCCGAUGUCAAAUCCUGGAAAUGCCUCUCCCUCUUCCGAUUCAUCCUCGAAAACCCAUCUCUGUUCUCUUUUUAUCCUGAUCUCAGAACUCACUUGUCUCUCACUCUCCGUGUCUUGUCGGAGAGAAAGUUCUCAGAUGCGCAGAAGCUCUUGAAACCCGAAAUUCUCAGGUACCCUUUUCGCGAUAUCGCCUCUAGUGGCGCCAUUGAUGAAUGUGGCUUCAAGAAGAAGGUCGUUGCGAGGUUUUUUAAUUCGAUGCUUACGGUUUAUUCAGAAAACGGGAAAUUCGAUGAAGCUGUCGAGGUUUUUGAGUAUAUGAAGAACAACGAGGUUACGAUCGAUGAAAAGGCUCUAACUUCGCAUCUCCUGAAUCUCAAGAAACGUGAUGAGAUUGGAUUAGCUUACGAUUUCUUUCGUGUAAUGAUUGCGUCGGGGUUAGAAGAUGUUGUAUCUGUGUACUCUCUAACGGUUGUUGUUUCGGGUUUGUGUUGCAAUGGAGAGAUCAAGAGAGCAAGAGAAUUGGUGGAGGAGACACGUGUUAAGCCUAAUAUCGUUACGUUUAAGUCGAUGAUUGAUUCUUGUGUCAAGAAAUGGGAUUUUAAAGAGCUGGAUUUGGUUCUUGAGUUGAUGGAGAAGGAAAGUGUGGCGCUUGAUCUUGAUACUUACAAGAUUUUGAUCGAUGGUUUCGUUAGCUACGGGAAGAUUGAAGAAGCAGAGAGGUUGGUUUCUACAAUGCACGAUAAGAAGAUGAGAGUGGAGACUUAUCUGUAUAACUUGAUCAUCAACGGGUACUCUCGAUUGGGACUAGUGGAGAAAGCGUUUGAGCUACAGAGCGAAAUGAGUUCUCGUGGUGUUACUUCCAACAAGGAAACGUUUUGCGCGUUGAUGAAUGGACUAUGCAAAGUUGGGAAAGUAUGUGAAGCAAUGAGGUUGUUGAAGGAGCUGCGAGUAAAUGAGUUUGAGAUUGAUGAAACAAUGUAUGUUACGUUGGCUGAAGAGUGUUACAGAGGAGGAAUGAUGGAUGAAGCUUUGGAAAUGGUGACUGAGAUGCUUAGAGAAGGAUUUGUUCCUGAUGGUACAAUGUUUGAAAGAUUAGGUGAUGCAAUGUUUGAAGUAAACAGAGAAGAGGCACAAAUGAUGGUUACGUUUGUGGUUAAGAGCGGUAUCAAACCAAAAUCUUGUUUCUGGUUUGGUCUGAAAUGA